AUGCUUCGAAUUUCAAAAAAGAAGAAUGGGAAAUGGUUUGUGGACUUGUUUGACGACACACACAAUCAUAAAUUAAGCAUCACACCAAUGAAGGUGAUGAAGCAUCGGUUUCAUGCGAAGUUCCACCAUACCAUGAAAUGUAAAUCUCUCAUGGUGCAACUUAAUCAAUCAGGAUUGAAACCUUCUCAAAUUAAAAAGGCCAUUAAUGCAAUGAAAACCUCAAAUGAAGUUGAUGUAACUUCAAAACAAUGCGUUGAUGUAUUAUCUGAGCAACGAAAACACAACAGGGGAAGGGAGUUCUAUGGACUAAUAAAACGUCUACAAGAUAAAGAAUUGGUGGAUAAUGAUCAGUAUUAUGUUGUGGAUUUGUGUAGUGACGGACGUCCUAGAAAUAUUUUUUGGGCUGAUUGA